UAAUUAAUUAUUAUUAAUGGCAUUUUCAUUAAUUAACUCAUAUCUCCGUCAAAAAGGCGCAUGGGCCCAAACCAACUUGGGGUUUUUCACUACUGACUAUUCCCUACAUGAUGAAAAUAGUCUGAGUUGAAAAGUUUUUAAUCGCCUCGAGAGGUUCCCUCGUCAGUCAUCUUUUUCAGUAUAACUUUUUCAUAACUAGAAAGAUCUUGAGGCAAACUUUGUACCUUCUCCCAUCUAUGAAAAGUUAGCUUAAACGAUGUAGGUCGCAUUUUUCUCUAGUUAUAUAUGUUCUGUCGCACUUAACGAUCUUCUGCAAACCAAUGAAGAUAUCGUGAAUACACCAGUUUGUAGAGAAUUGAAAGAGCUGUCUAAUUAUGGGUUGAUUUCUUUAUAUGUUCCUAUAUCUAUAGUGCCAGAGAAAAGCGCAUGCGAACGAUUUUAAUGAUGCUCUGUAAUGUCAGCUUUCAAGUGAAGAUCCUGUCUGGAUGGAACGGCCUUAGUCACUCGGAAGCAUCCAAAAUCAAAUGUUCGUAGUUUUAUGUUGGAGGAAAAAAAAAGCGGGCCGAUUCUUUAGCUUGUACGCGCUUGUCCUUUGAAAAACAUAUGUUUUUGGUGUAAAUUAUAUUUUCAAACAGUGUUUUGGAGCUUGGUGGAAUUGUUAUCAUUUUUUCUAUAAUUUUCUUUUGCACAGACCAAAAAGAUUUAAAACGAGUUUGUCUACUUGUGUGAUUUACAGGAACGUAUAGCUAUUAUCAACAGACAUCUUGUACACCUUGUGCAGUUGGUUAUUUCACAACAGAAAAUGGUUCAAGUUAUUGUGAUGCGUGCCCGCCUCGUCAUUAUUGUAUUAACUCGUCGAAACUGCCAGCUAAGUGCCCUCCGGGAACGGCAAAUAAAGAAUUUGGACAAACUGCAUGCAAGCCGUGUGAACCUGGAAGUUAUAGUGCUACCUUCGGCGCCUACGUUUGUGAUACUUGCCCAAGUGGUUCGCAUUGUGCUAACGCAAAUGAAAUACCAAAAUUAUGCCCACCCGGCACAUCUAGUAAUUCUAGCCAAACUCAAUGUCAGACAUGUAAACCUGGUUUCCAAACAACAGAAACAGGCUCAAGAUUUUGCGCUGUUUGUUCUCCAGGACAUUACUGUCCUGAUCCAGCGCUUCCGCAACAGUUAUGUCCGCCAGGAUCAGCCAACGAUAAACAAGGAAAAAUAAUUUGUGAUUUAUGUUCAGAUGGUUCGUAUACAGAUUUCGCUGGAGCCGCCUCUUGUCUCGUAUGCCCACCUGGAUGGAUAUGUAAGGCUGAAACAACAACUAAAAAUAUAUCCACUUAA